CUUUGAUUAAUGUGGAGUUGUGAUACAUUAUAUUGAAAAUGACUGAUCUGAAUUCAUGCAGCUUUAUGAUUUCAGGUGGAGCAGCCAGUGACUAUAUUAAUGUCACAUCUUCCCACCAGCCUCAAGGUUGUGAAGAUCCAUAAAAAGAAGUGCAUCAUCAACAAAACAAGAGACUCACGGACGAUAACAUGAAAAAAAACCGUGUUCAAGUUCAAACAUGUUUAACAAUAUUCAUACAACUGCUGCCGUCCCGACAUCAAACAAUAUUUUGUUCAGUUUUGUUGUGGAUCAUAUUAAAGAAUUCUGACCUGUGUUUAGCUGUGACAUAAAUAGCAACACUGCUAAUCCUGCUUUUAUACUUAUCCUUGUUAUUUAGAUGUAGUUGUAAUGUUGUCAUGUAAAGGUUAGAAGGUGUAGGACCAUAUAAGUGUUUUUCAUGUCAGUAAUGAUGUUAAGCAGGUUGCUUUGUUGUCAGCAGGUUUAUUAAAUAUGUUUGAAUGACUUGUUCAGUUAAAUAUUUGUGACAAACCUAUUUUUGUUAAUCGUAUUAUUCCUGCUCUCACUAUUAUUGGGUAAAUGUUCAUCAUGUAGCAUCAUGUUAAGAGAUUUUAUGAACAAAAAUAAGAAUAUUGUCAUCAGUGUCAAUUGUAUAGAUUGGUAUUUGUAUAAAUGAGAGGCGAUAUGUGUUUGAUAAAGAUAAAGAUAAAGUUCUUUAUUUCUCCCCACUCCAGGGGAAAUUUACAUUGUUACAGCAACUUAUGUAACAGUAGACAUAGUGAUAAGAAUAAAAUAAUAAUAGAACAAUAGUAAUAAUAUUUACAAUAUAUACAAGGGUGACAGAUGACAGUUUGUUGCUCAAUGAUAAAUUCUAUUAAUAUAAUGUCUUUUUACACUGUCAUCCUUUUUAUUUGAUCUAAAUAUUUUCCUGCUGAAUAUUAAAUAAGUAAUCGAGUGACUUGACCACAAUGGAUGUAUUUUCUAGUUGGAAUGCUGAACAGCCCACCUUUCUUAGAACACGUCUGUAUGUAUUUCUCCUGGAACAAAACAUGGUUUUAUAGUUGCAGCAUCACAAUACACAGUCUUUGGUCACUAUCAGGUGCAACAACUUCAGUUUCUUCAUGAGUCCUUUAGCUGAUCUUCAUCCCUCUGGACACUCUGGUCAGUAUGUCUGUUACAGUAAAAAACAUCCUUGUGCUUUUAGAAACUGAAUUAGAAUCCUUCCCAUAAUGUUGUGGCUGAUGGAUGUGUUUUGAAGUCAUUUUCUGCUGCUGUGUAAUUUAGUCUAAUUGAGGAACACCAGAAUGAUGUUAAAUUUGAAAAGUUUGUAUAUUUUGUCAUUUAAUACAUGAUGUGUUUCAGUGUUGAGCCUGUUGGAGAAAUUUCUACACCAUUUUUAAAGAUGUGUUGUCUCUGUGUCUUAUUAUGGUUGUACUGAGUGUGAAAUAGUCUGAUCUGCAUUUUCAUCAUCUGGAGGAAAUGAGAAAGUAGGUGGAGGUUUGUGAUCAUUGCUGUCUGUCAGAGAGAUGAUGUAAAAACUAGCAGGCCUGAUUUCAUUGUUGUUGGUAGAAAGAAGCAUUUGGAAACAGAAAAACUAAUUAAAUUCUAAUGUGUAUCUGGACCAUUUUCUUGUAAAUUGCAAAUGAGUUAAUUGGUUUUGGUGGAGGAUGAGUCCACUGUGUGUGAACACUCAGUUUGACGGCGACUGUGUCUAAAUUUAUAGUCCUACUGUCCACACAAAGAGGAAAUGAUUUCAUUCACUCAUGCUGACAGGUUGUGAACUGACUUGUUUAGCUCAGACAAAUGGUUUCUUGAAGGUUUCAUUGCUUCCUGUUUUCUGUAGCAAAGGUGUAAAGUAGUAUUUUACACAUGAAGUUUUGAAAAAUCUAAUAUGGUUGAAUAGUUUGUUAAUGAUUUUGACAUAUCAAAGGUUUGUAACAUGGAUUUGAUUUUACAGAUGAAUCCUGAUAUUCAGCUUUUGUUGUAGAUAAAUACAGUGUGUAACAUAGACUGAUUAAUCCCAAUAAAUAUCAAGAAGAGUUUAUCCAAAAUGCUAUUUUUUAAAUUUAGGCUAUUGUUGGAUUUUAUAGAAUGUAUUUGAGCUGAUGUGAGAUAGAACUGCUCACCACAUUCUCUGAGUGUUUUUCAGAAGCAGAGUGACACAGUGUCAGUGCUGGAUGUGAGGAUGGGACACACUUUGUUCUCCAUGCUGGGGUUGUUCUUGCUGAACACACUCCUCUACUGUGGACCUGUUGAAGAUAAAGCCAGACCUGAUCUCACUGUGUGUCCAUCAUGGCUGAGUCCUGGAGCCUCAGUAACUCUGAACUGUACUGUUACUAAUCAGUCUGCAGGAUGGAGCUUCUUCUGGUAUCAGAUUGUUUCUGUACAACCAAACAACUCCUACAUUUAUGAGCUGCUGCCUGGUCGCAUCGACGGGACUGAACAGACUUCUUCCAUUGUUCAUGGACAGAAGAACACAGCAGGAUAUGCAUGUAGAGCUGGAAGAGGAGACCCAGUGUUUUCCACUAAGUAUAGCCAACCCAAAUUUGUCUGGUCUGGAGAUUGUCAUGCAGCUUCUGCAUCAGUCAGAGUGAGUCCUGACAGAGUGCAGCACUUCUCAGAAGAGUCUGUCUCCCUUCACUGUGAGGGAAAGUCUUCUGAGUGGAGAGUGAUGAGGCUCAGUGAACUGGACCACCUGUCAAACUGUUCUGUCUGGGGGACAAUGACCAGAUCCACCUGCACAAUCGACAAGUUUGGAACAGAACAAGAUAUAAUUGUGUUGAGCCCAGUGACGGAGGGAGAAGCUGUUACUAAGCAGGAACGAAAGUAUCACUUUGUCUCUGGUCGAACCAACAGUGGUUUUGCUGUUGGUACAAAGUGGACGUAUUUAACAGACAGAGCAAGUGUCAAAGCGUCAGAGCUGGAUUUGAAGAUGGGACACACUUUGCUGUCUGUGCUGUUGUUACACUUGCUGAAUACACUCCUCUACUAUGGACAUGCUCAAGUUCUAGAUGCUGUGCUGAUGACUGACCCCAACUGGUCCACUUUUUUUACUGGAGAGUCUGUGACCUUCAUAUGUGACAUGAACGAAGGAGACGAUGCUGACUGGGAAUACAAGAUCAACAAGGAUGGACGAGAUUAUGUUCCCUACAACACACAUCAACGCUACACAUCAGAACCUCUGUCUACAGGUGACAGUGGUGAUUAUCAGUGUGUUGGUCGCAGGAGGAGCUCAUAUUCUACAAAGAGCAGUAACACUGUCUCUUUAACUGUUUCAGCUAAACCCAAAGCCACACUGACAGCAGACACAACAACCAUAUCAGUAGGAGGCAGUGUGACACUGACCUGCUCUGUGCAGAACUCUGUUGGAUGGAAAUAUGAGUGGUUCAGACGUACUCAGAGAACCUCUGAAGUUCUGGUGGAUCCAGUUAGAACAAAUGAUGAACUAAACACAGUUAUCAGUGUUUCACAAGGAGGAAUCUAUCAGUGCAGAGGAACAAGAGGAAAACCAGUUUACUACACUGAUAUAAGUGAUGAGGUCACCAUUGAGAAAACCCUUUCCAAUGAGGCUGUUCUAAGACGACAACCAGACUGGACUCAGAUGUUCAGUGGUGAAAGAAUCAAUCUGACAUGUGAGAUCCAUGGAGGUGAAACCACCCUGUGGAUGUAUGACUGGAGAGGACCUCAGUAUUAUGUGCCCUGGACAGAUGAUAAUUACCAGACAUUCAGAGUUUCUGAGUCCAACAGUGGAGACUACAUGUGUAGGAGUAGACCCAGAGAUGACUCCUAUUCUUCAACUGAGUGGAGUAAAUCCAUCACAUUGUCAGUAUCAGAUAAACCCAAAGCUGUCCUCAGUGUGUCUCCAUCAUGGCUGAGUCCUGGAACCUCAGUAACUCUGAGCUGUGAGGUUGAACAUCCGUCUGCAGGAUGGAGGUUCUACUUGUAUAAGACUGUUCCUGAUCUAUCAGGAACCUCCUACAGUUAUGAGGUUCCUGAUCUAUCAGGAACCUCCUACAGUUAUGAGGUUCCUGAUCUAUCAGGAACCUCCUACAGUUAUGAGCUGCUGCCUGGUAGCAUCAAUGGGACUGAACAAGAUUCCUACAUUCUUCAUGGACAGACACAGACAGCAGGAUUUACAUGUAGAGCUGGAAGAGGAGACCCAGAGUAUUACAGUGAUUACAGUGAUCCUACGUUUGUCUGGUCUGAAGAUCUUCAUUCAGCAGCUUCUCUUACAGUGAAUCCAGACACAGUGCAGCACUUUGGCUCUAAAUCAGUUUCACUGAGGUGUGAUGGAAACUCCACUAAAUGGAGAGUGAGCAGGUUUACUGAUGAUGGCUUCCAGCGACAAUGUUUUUUCUGGGGAACAAUGAAUGGAUCAACAUGUAAUCUUAAUUGGAUGUGGUACGGUAAUGCAGUUUACUGGUGUGAGUCUGGAUCAGCAUUCAGCAAUGCAGUCAACAUCACUGGAGAGUAUAAUGAUGGUAUUAUCCUGGUGAGCCCUGUCCAUCCUGUGACUGAGGGAGAUUCUGUUACUCUUGGCUGCAAGUUGAGGACACAAAAUGUUCUUUCUAAUGUGUUUUUCUACAAAGACAACAAACUCAUCCAAAAUGACUCCAGAGGAGAGAUGAGCAUCUCUGCAGUGUCAGAGUCAGAUGAAGGUUUCUACAAGUGUCAAUACUCAGGAAAAGAAUCACCACAGAGUUGGAUGGCAGUGAAAAAGUCCAGUUCUGAAAAGUCUUCAUUUCCUGUUCUGCUGAUCACUGGACUGGUUUGUGGAGUUUUACUGAUUCUGAUCCUGCUGUUUCUCCUGGUGUGCUGCUGCAGAAAGAUUAAGGAUCCACAUUGUGACAGGCUCUCUCAGUCUCUAUACAUCAAUCAAGGCUCUGCUGUGCAUCAACCAGAGAGCCAGAAUGAAACUCAAGUUUACUCCUCUCUCCUCUAUGGUGAUGCUUCUGUCUAUGAAUCAAUCAGAGGCUCUGGAAACACUGACAGUGGUGGAGCAGCCAGUGACUAUAUUAAUGUCACAUCUUCCCACCAGCCUCAAGGUUGUGAAGAUCCAUAAAAAGAAGUGCAUCAUCAACAAAACAAGAGACUCACGGACAAUAACAUGAAAAAAAAACGUGUUCAAGUUCAAACAUGUUUAACAAUAUUCAUACAACUGCUGCCGUCCCGACAUCAAACAGUAUUUUGUUCAGUUUUGUUGUGGAUCAUAUUAAAGAAUUCUGACCUGUGUUUAGCUGUGACAUAAAUAGCAACACUGCUAAUCCUGCUUUUAUACUUAUCCUUGUUAUUUAGAUGUAGUUGUAAUGUUGUCAUGUAAAGGUUAGAAGGUGUAGGACCAUAUAAGUGUUUUUCAUGUCAGUAAUGAUGUUAAGCAGGUUGCUUUGUUGUCAGCAGGUUUAUUAAAUAUGUUUGAAUGACUUGUUCAGUUAAAUAUUUGUGACAAACCUAUUUUUGUUAAUCGUAUUAUUCCUGCUCUCACUAUUAUUGGGUAAAUGUUCAUCAUGUAGCAUCAUGUUAAGAGAUUUUAUGAACAAAAAUAAGAAUAUUAUCAUCAGUGUCAAUUUUAUAGAUUGGUAUUUGUAUAAAUGAGAGGUGAUAUGUGUUUGUUGCUCAAUGAUAAAUUCUAUUAAUAUAAUGUCUUUUUACACUGUCAUCCUUUUUAUUUGAUCUAAAUAUUUUCCCGCUGAAUAUUAAAUAAGUAAUCGAGUGACUUGACCACAAUGGAUGUAUUUUCUAGUUGGAAUGCUGAACAGCCCACCUUUCUUAGAACACGUCUGUAUGUAUUUCUCCUGGAACAAAACAUGGUUUUAUAGUUGCAGCAUCACAAUACACAGUCUUUGGUCACUAUCAGGUGCAACAACUUUAGUUUCUUCAUGAGUCCUUUAGCUGAUCUUCAUCCCUCUGGACACUCUGGUCAGUAUGUCUGUUACAGUGGAAAACUUCCUUGUGCUUUUAGAAACUGAAUUAGAAUCCUUCCCAUAAUGUUGUGGCUGAUGGAUGUGUUUUGAAGUCAUUUUCUGCUGCUGUGUAAUUUAGUCUAAUUGACAAAUACAGAUCAGAGGAACACCAGAAUGAUGUUAAAUUUGAGCAGCUUGGAUAUUUUGUCAUUUAAUACAUGUGUUUCAUUGUUGAGCCUGUUGGAGAAAUUUCUACACCAUUUUUAAAGAUGUGUUGUCUCUGUGUCUUAUUAUGGUUGUACUGAGUGUGAAAUAGUCUGAUCUGCAUUUUCAUCAUCUGGAGGAAAUGAGAAAGUAGGUGGAGGUUUGUGAUCAUUGCUGUCUGUCAGAGAGAUGAUGUAAAAACUAGCAGGCCUGAUUUCAUUGUUGUUGGUAGAAAGAAGCAUUUGGAAACAGAAAAACUAAUUAAAUUCUAAUGUGUAUCUGGACCAUUUUCUUGUAAAUUGCAAAUGAGUUAAUUGGUUUUGGUGGAGGAUGAGUCCACUGUGUGUGAACACUCAGUGUGACGGCGACUGUGUCUAAAUUUAUAGUCCUACUGUCCACACAAAGAGGAAAUGAUUUCAUUCACUCAUGCUGACAGGUUGUGAACUGACUUGUUUAGCUCAGACAAAUGGUUUCUUGAAGGUUUCAUUGCUUCCUGUUUUCUAUAGCGAAGGUGUGAAGUAGUAUUUUACAUGUGAAGUUUUGAAAAAUCUAAUAUGGUUGAAUAAUUUGUUAAUGAUUUUGACAUAUCAAAGGUUUGUAACAUGGAUUUGUUUUUACAGAUGAAUCCUGAUAUUCAGCUUUUGUUGUAGAUAAAUACAGUGUGUAACAUCGACUGAUUAAUCCCAAUAAAUUUCAAGAAAUGUUUACCCAAAAUUCUAUUUUUUAAAUUUAGGCUAUUGUUAGAUUUUAUAGAAUGUAUUUGAGCUGAUGCUGAUCUGAGAUGGAACUUCUGCUCACCACAUUCUCUGAGUGUUUUUCAGAAGCAGAGUGACACAGUGUCAGUGCUGGAUGUGAGGAUGGGACACACUUUGUUCUCCAUGCUGGGGUUGUUCUUGCUGAACACACUCCUCUACUGUGGACCUGUUGAAGAUUCCAAACUGGUCUUUUAUACACUGGAGAGUCUGUAACCUUCAGGAUCAGUUCCUGUUCAAUGUGUUUGGAUGAAUUACUCCAAUAUUGCUGUCUGCCAACAUGUAACAUAGAGGAGUUUAGUGUUUGAUUUGCUGAUAAAGCCAGACCUGAUCUCACUGUGUCUCCAUCAUGGCUGAGUCCUGGAGCCUCAGUAACUCUGAACUGUACUGUUACUAAUCAGUCUGCAGGAUGGAGCUUCUUCUGGUAUCAGAUUGUUUCUGUACAACCAAACAACUCCUACAUUUAUGAGCUGCUGCCUGGUAGCAUCAACGGGACUGAACAGACUUCUUCCAUUGUUCAUGGACAGAAGAACACAGCAGGAUAUGCAUGUAGAGCUGGAAGAGGAGACCCAGUGUUUUCCACUAAGUAUAGCCAACCCAAAUUUGUCUGGUCUGGAGGUGAGCUUGUUUGUUGCUCUUUCAUAAUAAGCACAUUCAAAGUAGUUUAAGUUAAUCCAGUUGCUUUAGAAAUGAUUCAGAUCUUCAGUUUUUGUACAUUUUACUGUGUUGUAACCCGUCUGGACAUUGAAAAUCAUUAACAGCAAACACUAGAUUUUGACUAAAAGCAGCAGUUUCCUGUUUCAAAGAUGGUGGCAAUCUCAAAGAUUUCUAUUCAAAUAAAGGUCUAAGUCAUUGUCUAUCUCCUAAUGAGAUAAUUUCAGUCUUUGACCUGCUGAUGAAAUAAUGUAAAAGUCCAUCUUUCCAGUAUUACAGACUGGCUCUCUGUGACGGCAUAUCCUCCAUAAGUGUCAUAAUUACUGUCUCAGAAGUUAGCAUUCCCUUUCUUUUUUAUAUGUGUUGAGCUAAUAUUGUUCUGGAGGUGUGAUCCAGCUGCUGACUGAUAAAUGACAACAUCUCACAGGUGACACUAUUGGAUCUCUGGAAAGUGAAGCUCAAAGCCACAUGUGUAGUUAGUGUUUCACUGUUAAAGAUGCUGCCACAGAGAAUAAAAGUGAGGGAUAGGAAGUCAUUUCCACUGUUCUGAUCCUAAUCUCAUAAUGUGUCAGUGCUUGCUGUGACUCCACAUGAAUUAAAUGUUGUU